AUGGCUAAGAACUUCCAGGCCAUCUUAGGAGAUCCCGUCACAUUGCCGGCUACGUAUUCAUCAGAUUACAAGGUGGUGGCGGUAACGUGGUACAAAGUACAGGGCAACGACAGGUCUAAACGAACCAUGAUCUUCAAUUACGCCCCGGCGUUAGGGAUAAGGGAGGCCUACGGUGCGUACGUUGGCCGGGCAGAUAUAAUAGAUGGCGCUGGUCUCAGGAUAAACCCCACCAGGCUACACGAUGAAGGGCUGUAUGUGCUGGUGGUCAUGGUGGCUGGUGUGCCGAGUGAGGAGGGCUUUGUGUAUCUGUCCCUGCUGGUUCCUCCGGAAGUGCAAGUCGGGCCCACAAGUCCUUUCGUCGUGACGUCAGGUAAGACAGUGACUCUGACAUGCGCGGUGAGGAACGCCAAGCCUAACGUGACGUCACUGCACUGGGAGAAAGAUGGCUUCCCAAUCGAGACCUACGGAUUCGACACGAAGUACUCCGGCGGGAACGUGCGGACGCCAUCUUUGAACAUCCAUCACGUGACCAGGACCGACUCCGGGCGGUACAGCUGCGUGGUGGAUCACGUGAUCCAGACGGCGAGUGACGAGAUGAAGGUUGACGUUCAGUAUCCGGCGUCCAUAAUCAGCAUGUCGGACACAAGUGCCGCCACAGUGUUCGAUCACGUGACCCUACAGUGCGUUGCCGAUGGCAACCCGCCGCCUAACAUCACGUGGACGAGAGACGGCAUCCCAUUGGCCGCCAGGUCGCACGUCCUGUCACGUGACGUGCGCGCCAGUUCCGUCAUCCUGCGUGACGUCCAAGUGAACGACACGGGAACUUACCUGUGCGCCGCCAUCAACUUUGUCGGGGAGGGCGACGUGAAGAAACUACAUCUCAAGGUACAAGCUCCGGGGGCCAGCUUGUCGUCCACCACCAUCGCCAUCAUAGUGGGUUCCACAGCAGGAGGACUGUGGCUGCUCAUCUGUAUCGUCAUCUGCGUGUACGGCAUCAGGAGGCGGAGAAGGGCGAAGGAGAAGAAGAAGUUCGCGUUCUACUACAACAUGGGUCGCCGUGAUCCGCCCGUAGGAAAGAGUCCCAAGCGAACAAAGGGUAGUGAACCGCCUCCGUACGUCGUGCUACCUGGUAGGUAA